AGCUCAUCGUAACAAUACCUCUCGUUAUAUUAAUCCUCGCCACACCUCAGUGAUCUUGCUUCUCUCUGUAUUCUCCAUCUCCAUUUUCGUCUCAGAUAUCUUUAUCUCAUUUUGCCUCCGUCGAUCGCCAUGGGGAAGAUUAAGAUCGGGAUCAACGGAUUUGGAAGGAUCGGACGUUUGGUGGCUAGAGUUGCUCUCCAGAGCGAUGAUGUGGAGCUCGUCGCCGUCAAUGAUCCCUUCAUCACCACUGAUUACAUGACAUACAUGUUCAAGUAUGAUACCGUGCACGGACAGUGGAAGCACCAUGAUAUUAAGGUGAAGGAUUCUAAGACCCUUCUCUUUGGCGAGAAGGCAGUCACUGUUUUUGGAAUCAGGAACCCUGAGGAGAUCCCCUGGGGUGAGGCCGGUGCUGAGUAUGUUGUGGAGUCAACUGGUGUCUUCACUGACAAGGACAAGGCUGCUGCUCAUCUGAAGGGUGGCGCGAAGAAGGUCAUCAUUUCUGCUCCUAGUAAGGAUGCCCCGAUGUUUGUUGUUGGUGUGAAUGAGAAGGAAUACAAGCCUGACAUUGACAUUGUCUCCAAUGCUAGCUGCACCACUAACUGUUUGGCACCUCUAGCUAAGGUCAUCCAUGAUAGGUUUGGUAUUAUUGAGGGCUUAAUGACCACAGUGCACUCUAUUACAGCUACACAGAAGACUGUUGAUGGUCCAUCAAGCAAGGACUGGAGAGGUGGAAGAGCUGCUAGCUUUAACAUCAUUCCCAGCAGCACUGGAGCUGCCAAGGCUGUUGGGAAGGUGCUCCCUGCAUUGAAUGGGAAACUGACCGGUAUGGCUUUCCGAGUUCCAACAGUGGAUGUUUCAGUUGUGGAUCUCACCGUUAGGCUUGAGAAGGCUGCCAGCUAUGACCAGAUCAAGGCUGCAAUCAAGGAAGAGUCUGAGGGUAAUCUCAAAGGCAUCUUGGGUUAUGUAGAUGAGGACUUGGUUUCCUCAGAUUUUGUCGGUGAUAGCAGGUCAAGCAUUUUUGAUGCCAAGGCUGGUAUUGCCCUGAACGACAACUUCGUCAAGUUUGUGUCUUGGUAUGACAACGAGUGGGGUUACAGCUCGCGUGUUGUCGACCUCAUCCGCCACAUGAACAGCACCAAGUAGACAGUUCAGAUUUCUUUUGCAAAGUUUUAAGUUAUGGCUUGCGUCUUCAGGAGUUUAAUGUUCGCGAGCCAUCGGAAUAAAUUUUUGUUGUUGAAGUGUGAAACAGUGGUGUCUAAAACUUAACAGUGUGGGUCUGUGGCCUACAUUUUUGUUUGAGAUCUCUCUUUAAAGUGAUCAGAGUUUAAUUGGGAUUUGGCUAAUCAAUAAACUAUUUCUGCUGUGUGUGUUUAUGUUU